UUUAUUAUUUACCAUAUCCUAAGUGACAAUUUUGGUGGCUAUAAAAUGGAGUGCCAGCUUCACUUUUUUGCCCAAAUUCAGAGAGAAUUCUUUGCAUUCUUACCUUACCUACCUACAACAAUGUCAAGAGCCAAACAGGUUAUUACAUGCAAAGCUGCUGUAUGCUGGGGGCUUGGAAAGCCUGUGACAGUGGAAGAGAUACAAGUAGAUCCACCAAAGGCAAAAGAAGUUCGAGUUAAGAUGCUAUGUUCAAGUGUAUGCCACACAGACAUAUCAAGCCUUAAAGGAUUUCCACAUAAUCAAUUUCCUCUAGCACUUGGACAUGAAGGAAUUGGUGUUGUAGAGAGUAUUGGUGAUCAAGUAACAAAUCUAAAAGAAGGGGAUUUCAUAAUUCCAACAUACAUAGGCGAGUGUGAAGAAUGUGAGAAUUGUGUUUCUGGGAAAACCAAUUUGUGUUUGACACAUCCUGUGAGAUUGACUGGUCUAAUGCCAGAUAACACUUCAAGGUUGUCUGUCCGAGGCCAAACAUUAUACCAUGUUUUGAGUUGUGCUUCAUGGUCGGAAUAUGUGGUGGUUGAUAUCAAUUACCUUCUUAGAGUUGAUCCAAACAUUAAUCUAGCUUAUGCUAGUUUCAUCUCAUGUGGGUUUUCAACUGGUUAUGGAGCUUGUUGGAAAGAAGCCAAUAUUGAAAGUGGUUCAACUGUAGCUGUUUUUGGUCUUGGGGCUGUUGGAUUAGGGGCAAUAAGCGGGGCUAAGAUGAUGGGAGCAAGUAAGAUAAUUGGGGUUGACAAAAACGAGAUGAAGAGAGAAAAAGGAGAAGCUUUUGGGAUGACCCAUUUUAUAAAUUCUAAUGAUUCUGAUAAAUCUGCUUCAGAAUUGGUUAAAGAGUUAAAUGGAAUGGGUGUAGAUUAUUGCAUUGAAUGUACUGGAGUAGCACCUUUGCUUACUGAAUCUUUGGAAGCCACAAAAAUGGGAACAGGUAAGGCAAUUGCAGUUGGUAUAGGAGCUGAACUUGUUGUACCGUUUGGACUUCUUGCCAUUCAAUUUGGUAGAACCUUAAAAGGUUCUGUUUUUGGAGGCAUAAAAGCCAAAUCAGACCUUACCACCAUAGCUAACAAAUGUCAAAAACAGGAAUUCCCUCUCCAUGAACUUUUCACCCAUGAGGUCCCUUUGGUUGAUAUUGACAAAGCAUUUGAGUUAUUGAAAGAUCCCACUUGUGUCAAAGUUGUUAUCAAGAUGUGAUAUCUUUCUUUCCAUCCCAGCAUAUUUCAAUAAACUCUCAAGAAAAUAUUAGAGAUGUUAUUUCAGCUUUUUUAAAAUUAGAAAUUAAUGUACUGAUCAUCGUUCUUGUGGUUUCUCUAUUCUAUGGAGAAUGAUGUUAUUAUGUGAUCACAAUCAAUUUCUCUCUUUUA